UAUAAUUUCCUGAUAUAAUAAAGAAUGGGAAGAAACAGUAAAGGGGAAGAAAAAGAGCAUGAACUAUCCAACCCAACAAGAUCAAGUUGAAUCAUUUGUCAUUUUUGAUUGGACCCGUAUCGUGACACUCAUUUAAUACCAAGUUUGCGUAUCCCUUGUUUUUGGCUUUUGCUUUAUGGGGUUUUGGGGUUGUUUUUUUUAUCACAGAGUUCAUGAUUCUGGACAAAGCCUGUGAUUUUGGGAAGUGGGUUUCUUUCACCUAAGUGGUUUAUGCUGAGAAUUAGUUGGAAAAGUAUUGUCGAACAGGUUGCUCAACCUUGUUUUUAUCAUGGAUAAAUUAUGCUGCUUUAAGUCUUCUUUCUCUCAGCUUGUAGCUGCACGUUCUUCAUCCAGCACUGGUAAGGGGAAAAAUCAUGAAGGGUCAAUAAAGUAUGGCUUCACCUUAGUGAAAGGAAGAGCUAAUCAUCCAAUGGAGGAUUACCAUGUUGCCAAGUUUAAGCAGAUACAGGAGAAAGAAUUGGGUUUAUUUGCUAUUUAUGACGGCCACCUGGGAGAUCGUGUGCCUGCGUACUUACAAAAACAUUUGAUUUCUAACAUUCUAAAGGAGGAAGAAUUUUGGGAUAACCCUGCUGCAUCUAUAUCAAAAGCAUAUCUGAGCACAGAUCAGGAAAUUCUUUCACAUAGUUUUGAUUUGGGGCAUGGUGGAUCAACAGCUGUAACUGCAAUAUUAAUCAACGGGCAAAGAUUAUGGAUAGCUAAUGUCGGAGAUUCACGGGCAGUUGUUUCAAGAAAAGGUCAAGCAGUGCAAAUGACUACAGAACAUGAACCCAACAGGGAACGAGGCAGCAUUGAGAAUAAAGGCGGUUUUGUCUCCUAUGUGCCAGGUGAUGUGCCAAGAGUAAAUGGGCAACUAGCUGUUUCUCGUGCAUUUGGAGACAAGAGCCUCAAGUCACAUUUGCGAUCAGACCCCGAUGUACAAAGUACUGAUGUAGAUGUUGAUAUUGAUAUUCUAAUCCUUGCAAGUGAUGGACUUUGGAAGGUAAUGCCUAAUCAAGAGGCAGUCGAUAUUGCUAGAAGGAUUAGAGACCCAUUGAAAGCAGCUAAGCAAUUAACAGCUGAAGCAUUAAAAAGAGACAGUAAAGAUGAUAUAUCUUGCGUUGUGGUCAGAUUUAGGUGUUGAUAUUUUUUAAACCAUGUUCCUUACUGAUUGCAGUUGAAAGCAACAAUAAGGAUAUGUCUCAAAAUGGCAUAGCAAUUUGUGGUCUACAACAAACAACUAUAGUACAUACUUGGAUUAGUUCUAACUGAAUUCAUUUAGGUAAUGUGUCAAAGAAAUAGAAAAGGAUUUGUGUCAACUUUUGAAAUUUGUUUGUAGACUAGAUUUUGUUUGAUUUGUUUCUUUUAAGUGUGACUGUUUGGAAUAUGUUGUUUGUUGUGUGGUUUUUAUUGUGCAUAAGACAAAAGGAAACUAAAUGUAGAUGGAGAAUAUAAGUAGUGGUUGGAGAAUUGUG